CCUCUCUCUUUCCUUUUCUCUCAUGUUAGGAUUGUGCGUCAGUUGCCAAAAGGUGGGGACAUUUCCUGAACCUUUGCAACACUGAGAGGUUGUCUUCAGGGAGCACAUUCUGAGCACCGCAACAGGGAAGCGAGGGUCUGGGAGCGGCCCUGCUGAGGGAAACACCAGCUUGCCCUCUCCCUGUCCCCUGGCAGCCCCCCCAAGCCCCCUGGCCUGCGCCUGACCAUGUCCCUGGCUGAGGCCAUCAGCCUCUGGAAUGAAGGGGUGCUGGCAGCUGACAAGAAGGAUUGGAAGGGAGCCCUGGACGCCUUCACUGCAGUCCAGGACCCCCACUCCAGGAUUUGCUUCAACAUCGGCUGCAUGCACACAAUCCUGGAAAACAUGCCCGAGGCGGAGAAGGCCUUCACGAGAAGCAUUAACCGAGACAAGCACUUGGCAGUGGCCUACUUCCAAAGAGGGAUGCUCUAUUACCGGAUAGAGAAAUAUGAUUCAGCUAUCAAAGACCUUAAAGAGGCCUUGACUCAGCUUCGAGGGAAUCAGCUGAUAGACUACAAGAUUCUGGGGCUGCAGUUCAAGCUGUUUGCCUGUGAGGUGUUAUAUAAUGUUGCUUUCAUGUAUGCCAAGAAGGAGGAGUGGAAAAAGGCUGAGGAACAUUUAGCUUUGGCCAUGAGCAUGAAGUCUGAGCCGAGACAUUCUAAAAUUGACAAAGCCAUGGAAUGUGUUUGGAAACAGAAGCUGUAUGAGCCUGUGGUGAUCCCUGUGGGCAGGCUGUUUCGACCAAACGAGAGGCAAGUGGCUCAGCUGGCCAAGAAGGAUUACCUCGGCAAGGCGACAGUGGUGGCAUCUGUGGUGGAUCAAGACAGUUUCUCGGGGUUUGCCCCUCUGCAGCCACAGGCAGCUGAACCUCCACCCAGACCCAAAACCCCAGAGAUCUUCAGGGCUCUGGAAGGGGAAGCCCACCGUGUGCUGUUUGGGUUUGUGCCUGAGACCGCAGAAGAGCUGCAGGUCAUGCCAGGGAACAUCGUUUUUGUCUUGAAGAAGGGCAAUGAUAACUGGGCUACGGUCAUGUUCAACGGACAGAAGGGGCUCGUUCCCUGCAACUACCUUGAACCACUUGAGCUGCGGAUCCAUGCUCAGCAGCAGCCCCAGGAGGAAGCCUCCCCAGAUUCUGAUAUCCCAGCUCCUCCCAGUUCUGAUGCUCCCAGAAGACCCCAGUUGCCACCAGGUCAAAAAGAAAAAGAACAGUCCAAGGAAGUAAAGCUCAGCAUUCCCAUGCCCUACACGCUCAAGGUGCACUUCAAGUACACGGUGGUCAUGGAGACGCAGCCCGGGCUCCCCUACAGCCAGGUCCGGGACAUGGUGUCUAAGAAACUGGAGCUCCUGCCGGAGCACACUCGGCUGAGCUACCGGCCUCGGGACAGCAAUGAGCUGGUGCCCCUCUCGGAAGAGAACAUGAAGGCUGCCUGGGCCGAGGCGAAAAACUACAGCCUGACUGUGUGGUGUGAGAACACAGUGGGUGACCAAGGCUUUCCCGACGAACCCAAGGAAAGUGAAAAAUCUGAAGCUAAUAACCAGACAACAGAACCUCAGCUUAAGGAAGGAGGCCAAGUGGUAGCACUCUUCAGUUAUGAGGCUACCCAGCCAGAAGACCUGGAGUUUCAGGAAGGGGACAUAAUCCAGGUUAUAUCAAUGGUGAAUGAAGACUGGCUGGAAGGGGAGUGCAAAGGGAAGAUUGGCAUUUUCCCCAAAGCUUUUGUUGAAGAACACGCAACUACGGACAUGGAAAGCUCUCCUAGAGGAGUCUAGGAUGUUCUAUAACCUACAAAGUUGGAGAAAAGGAACUACAGUUUGCAAAGUUUAGCAUGCCUCUGUAGAACACUGAACUGAGACAUUACUGUUUGGAAGUGUUAACUAGUCUACUUUUCCCACUGAAAAUUUAACCUAUUAGACAAUGAUGUGAGAACUUACCAUGAUGAUAACCCAGGGGUGGGGGGUGGGCUGGGGUAGAGUGGGUAGAAACGUCUGGAAGGGUAUGAGGUGUAUGUGUGUGUGUGUGUGUGUGUGGGGAGGGGGCUUCUAGGGUGUUCGUAAUGUUUCUUGCUUGGAGUGCUGACUACCCAGAUGUGUUCACUUUGUAAAAGUUCACUGAAUUGUACACUUGCUGUUGGUGCACUUCUGUAUGUGAUACCUCAAUAAAAAAACUUGCAAACACAAGACUCAGAGCGCAGGCCCAAGGCCUACAUACAACUACCCCUAUUCCUAUACCACUGUAGUCACGGACUCCUAGAGCCCGAGGUAAGUUUACAGGUAAUUUAGAUGGUACACAUUUUCUUUUUUUUUUUUUUACACAUUUUCUUUAUUACAAGUCUCACUGCUUCCCAAGGAAUACAAUUUUCAAUUCCACAGAGAAUUACAAUACUAGAGUUAUAUCCCUUCAUGCCUUCUCAGAGAGGGACACUUAUUAAGAGUUCACUACUGAAUAUGUGCCACUAACAUUUAAGCGAUAUAAAGAAGCCAGAUUCAGGAAGCCAGCUGGUUAGGACUAUCCUGUUAGUUAACAUUUUGUAUGUACUGUAACUAAUUUAUAUGAUAAAAUUCUAUGUAUGGUUUUAUUUUGGUUAUCAUUUAACCAAAAGGCUUGAUUUUUCAGGGUUAAGUUAGAUGAAUGAUUCCACAAAUACAUAGAACUCCUUUCUCUCCAGGAGACCUGGAGUUCUCCACAAGAAUUCUCCUUCUUUGUACAGCAUGUGUGGCUUUGUAAACAGUGUUACUGUGGCUUUAUUAAUAGUAAAAACAGGGAUAAAAAUGGAGGGUUGUUAACUUCUUUGCAUAAGCCAAUCUUUAUCAGAGAAAAGAACUGUGACCAUCAGUUUCUUUCUACCCGCCCCUUUCCAUAAUAAUGCACUUUGGUUUGGAAUGCUGCUAAAAGCAAAAAUAACCCUGAAACAUAUUCAAUCUUUGGCCAUCUCCGCUCUGCCCUAGGUGACUUGUGCGUAGUUUAAAUACUUAUUUUUUAAGUAGGAUAUUUUUAGGUUAGAAAAGAAACCAUGUACACACAGAUCUGGUUGGAGAGAACAUGGUUUAAUUAAAGGCAAAGCUGAUUUCAGCAGCUGCAGGUCUUGCACAGACAGACCAAAACAAAAAACAAAAAAACAAAACAAAAAAACAAAAACAGAAGAGAAGGUUUACUACACAAAACCAGUUUCUGAUGAAGAUUCUCCUCUCCCUCCUCAUUACUCCACGUUGAGGAUGAUUAGGCGAGAAACCCCGCCCCAAGAAUCAGAAAA